AACUCAAAUUGGAAAAAAAUAGGGUUUGUCAUUGAGGCUGAAUCAUCAAUCAAGUUGCAAUUUUUUUAAUGGGUUGUUAUGAAGGUCAACAAUCAAUAAAUACACAUAUAGGGGAGACGAGUUUGACGUAAAAGAGGAGGAGAACGUGUGGAAAUCGAGGGGAGAUGGAGGCGGCGGAGGAGAAGGGUUUGCUGGUGAGAGACGGCGGGGAAAGCUGCAGAGAUGGGUUUUGGCGGGAGGUGAGGAGGCUGAGUUAUCUCGCGGGUCCGAUGAUCGCCGUCAAUUCCUCAAUGUAUUUCCUGCAAGUCAUCUCCAUAAUGAUGGUGGGUCAUCUCGGAGAGCUCUUCCUCUCGAGCACCGCCAUCGCCGUCUCCUUCUGCAGUGUCACCGGCUUCAGCCUCGUCUAUGGAUUGGCCAGUGCUCUGGAGACUUUAUGUGGCCAAGCCUUUGGAGCCAAACAAUACGAAAGACUUGGGAUUCACACGUACACUGCUAUUCUCUCCCUUUUCCUUGUGUGUGUUCCCGUGUCUCUCCUUUGGAGCCACAUGGGUGAGAUACUCUCUCUCAUUGGCCAAGACCCCUUGAUUUCCGGGGAAGCCAGGAAGUUCGCCAUUUGGCUCAUCCCUGGGCUGUUCGGGUAUGCCACCAUGCAGCCACUGGUUCGUUUCUUCCAAGCCCAGAGCCUGAUAUUUCCCCUGAUUGUGAGCUCGUGCUCCACCCUCUGUUGCCACAUUCUCCUCUGCUGGACCUUAGUGUUCAAGUUUGAGCUUGGAAACGUCGGAGCUGCUGUGGCUAUCGGCGUUUCUUACUGGCUUAAUGUUUCUGUGCUUGGAUUAUACAUGAUGUUCUCCUCCAGCUGCAGCAAGAGCCGUGCCCCCAUCUCCAUGCGUGUGUUUGAAGGGAUGAGAGAAUUUUUCCGCUUUGGAAUCCCAUCUGCCUCCAUGAUAUGCCUUGAGUGGUGGUCCUUUGAGUUUCUCGUCAUGAUGUCAGGAUUUUUACCAAAUCCCAAGCUGGAGACUUCUGUCCUUUCCGUGUGUCUAUCAACCAUCUCCACUCUGUACCAAAUAUCUGACAGUCUGGGUGCUGCAGCGAGUACAAGAGUUGCAAACGAAUUAGGAGCCGGAAAACCAGAACGAGCUCGUAUGGCUGUCUAUACUGUAAUGGUUAUGACUGCCGUAGUGGCAUUAGUGGUGAGUGGAACCCUCUUUGCCGGGAGAAACGUGUUUGGUUUCCUGUUCAGCUCGGAGACGGAAGUCGUGGAUUAUGUGAGGAGAAUGGCUCCUCUGGUGAGCAUAUCGGUUGUAUUCGAUGCCCUUCAUGCAGUUCUUUCAGGUGUUGCUAGGGGAUCAGGGUGGCAGGAUCUCGGAGCAUUGAUUAACCUCGCUGCAUACUAUCUUUGUGGCAUACCGAUUGCAGUAGUGUUAGGCUUCGGGAUGAAGCUGAGAGGUAGAGGCCUCUGGAUCGGGAUAACAGCCGGUUCUUUCCUCCAGGCCGCUUUGCUCGCCCUCAUAGCUUGUCUCACCAACUGGAAAGAACAGGCGAGAAAGGCAAGAGAGCGGCUGAUGACGGGGACGGAGGAGAUUGAAGACAAAGAAGAUGAACCAGAGACCACCUAAAUGAAGAUUAUUACAUCAUCGAUUACAGCCACCAUGGCCCAUUCCAAUGCUCUGUUGAAUCCACGGUUACUUGAGCCCGAUCCGAGCCACGGAAGAAGUACGGCCUAAUCAUUUUCCUUGUUAAUAGGAACACUAUUAUGUUGUCUGAACGUUCAAAAAGGUGUGCGUCUAUGGAUUCAUCAUUGCUUCAGACCUGCUGAAGCACUCGUUUUUGAUAGAUGUGGGGCCGGUUCGUCCACUAUUAUUGGUAUUGUCGAAUUUUAUUCAUUCUAGAGUUUGGUUUUCAAUUCAUUGGCCAAAAAGUUAUUUUUUGAAUAAAGGUUUUGUUUUGGUUCCA